AUGGAAGAAUAUAUGGCCCUAUCAAUACGUUCCUCAGGCUACCCGCUGCUUACAACAACUUCUUGCAUUGGAAUGGAAGAUACUGUUACACAAGAAAACUUCGAUUGGCUAGCCACUAUACCCAGGGCUUUGAAAGGGGCUGCAAUAGUUGCUCGACUUAUGAAUGACAUAGUGUCCCACAAGUUUGAGCAAAAGAGAGGGCAUGUUUCGUCAGCUGUGGAAUGCUACAUGAAAGAAUUUGGUGUCACAGAAGAAGAAGCAUCAAUCGGAUUGUGUAGACAAGCCAGCGAUGCGUGGAAGGACAUAAACGAAUCGCUCCUCCUCCCUAAUGCUGUUUCAAGGCCAGUGCUAACUCGAAUUCAUUGUAUAACAUGUGCCAUAGAUGUUGUUUACAAGUAUGGAGACGGUUACACUGCUCCAGAUGAUACGCUCAAAAAUCUUAUAGCUUCUACACUUAUCGAACAAGUUCCUCUAUAA